AGCUGCGGUUAUCUUUACAAUGUAAGAUUUGUGUUCAUGUUGCGUGGGUGACAUAAGGAUUGAAGAUGUCUAACAUGACUCAUUAUAAGUGAUUUAUUGCUAAUUAAUAGUAUAAUUAUGGAAUAAUUUAUAAUAAUCCCAUAAAUAAUUAGAUGAGAAUAACAGACUGGUUCAUGACACGCGGUAGAGAUCAGCUGUGUUCCCUCAUUUGCAUAUAGAAUGUUGAGAUGUUCCGUGAAGACUUUAUGACAUCAUUAGAAUCUUUGGUCACAGACACACAGCUACCCCCAGAGAGUCAGAGACAAGCCGUAACAUCACUUUGUUUACAGCUUUCAGGUGUUCAGAAGGACCUCGGAUCCAGCCACAAACACUAACCUCAGAGUUUAGCUUUUGUUUUUCAGAUUUUCAAAGAUAUAAUCACUUCUGCUUUUGUUUUCAGGUGUUCCAGGUAUUAACCUCUUUUCUUUUUCAGGUUUUCCAGGUAAUUAACCUCUUUGCUUUUCAGUUUUUCCACUUAUUCUUUGUGACUAAUUCACCCGUGCACCAUCAAAUUAAGAGUCAUGUCACGAAGAAGUCUCCGCCUGCAAGAAGCAGGGUAUUACACUGAAGACGGAACUCCAACCGUCUCCUACAAGGAGAAAUUAAACAGGGUAUUUAACAGUAGGAGGAGGCACCAUGAUUCCUACAAUGAAAACAUUGUAAAGGACAAUCAUUGUAGAGGACAUGUCCCUCAUACCAUGAGCCAUCCACCAACAACAAAUGGGACACAGAGGACUGGGGUCAGGAGAACCAGAGUUCCAUUAAUGUCCAUGUUUACCUCAAAGAGAAUCUGUUUCGUCCUCACGUUUCUACGGGUUCUUGGAUUAAUAUUCACAUGUAUAAAAUUAAGAGAGGUCCACCAGGAGUUGCUGUCCCUCAGACAGCAGAUGGACAUGUUGGUCCCUCUGGCAGACACGAUGCCAAACUUUGCAUUAGAAUCUCAAGGUGCCAGAGUGAUUCAACAUUUAUCCUCACAGACAUAUUGGCCUGGAGAAGACCCAGGCUUAGUAUGUAGAUGGAUGUUCAAAUGGUGGUGCUCACUGAAAGCCCAGAGAAGAGUGAUUCAGGGACAUUCAGCUUUACGUCCGGGUCAAUGUUGGUGCUUUGCAGGUGAACAGGGACAUUUAUUUGUCUCCCUGUCUCAUCCGGUCUCUGUCUCUCAUGUGACCCUGGGCCACAUUCUUAAAAGCCAGUCCCCUGAUGGAAACAUUAAAAGUGCACCAAGGGAGUUUUCCAUAUAUGGAGCGAGGACCAAAGAUGAGGCAGGCACCUAUCUGGGAACAGUGGUCUAUGAUCUGGACGGAGCUAUGUUUCAGACCUUUAGUCUUUCUAAUCCAGACAACAGUGUUUUCAGAUAUGUGAAGCUACAGACUGAGAACAACUGGGGAAACAUAGACUACACCUGCCUCUACAGCUUCAGGGUUCAUGGAAAACUCCCUCCCUAACUGCACCUCCACUCAAAGGACAGCGUCUCCAUUGUUAAACCUGGGCCUUUCCCUCCAUGUAUUUGAGUGUAAAUGAUUGAUAGGGAUGAAACAUGGACAGUUGUCUAUUCCCGGUGCAUCUUAUUUCUGUCUGUCUACAGGGCCGGCCUCAAGCAGAUGGCUCCCCCCAUAUGAGCCGGGUUCUGCUCAAGGUUUCUUCCUGUUUAAAGGGAGUUUUUCCUUGCCACCGUCGCCUUAGUGCUUGCUCUGGAGGGUUCAGGCUCUUUAAAGUGUUUUCAGACAGUUAAGAUGCAUUUUAAGCAAUAUAGACUGAACUGAAUGGAACUUAAUUUUACUAAAUUUAAUUUAACUUAUCUCAACUAAAAUGAGGUAACCUAGAAAAAAAUAGCUGAUCUUAACAUAAUUAAAUGAUUUUAAAUGAAAUGGAUUGAACUUAAAUGUGCUUAACUGAAUCACAUUAGAAAUAAGGCCAAGGAUGUAUCCUUUACCUAAAAUAACAUUAAUUUUACUAAUUUACUUGACUCAAUAAAAAUGUAUA